ACACAUCUCCAACUGCUUCGGUUACAUUUAUACAUAUGUAUGUAUAUGUAUACAUAUCUUUAAGCAAAACAAAAUGUUUUAUUCUCGUUCUGUAAGAUAUUUUUCAAUAAAACAAGUUACAAAGCCACCUAUCAAAUAUACAGAUACAAUUAAUUUACCAAAAACUAGAUUUCCUAACCGUCUUAGUGCAGCGAAACGUUUGGAAAUAGAGCGUCAAUUGGUUGCGGGGGUAUUUUCCGAAGCCUAUUGCUACCAACAGCAGCAUAAUCAUGAGCCAACGUUUGUCCUACACGAUGGCCCUCCAUAUGCAAAUGGCGACCUGCAUAUGGGUCACGCUGUAAAUAAGAUUCUUAAGGAUAUCACUAUUCGUCAGCAUGUGGUUAGAGGCCAAAAAGUCCAUUACAAACCUGGUUGGGAUUGCCAUGGCCUGCCCAUUGAAUUAAAAGCAACAGCUUGGAAGGAAGAUAAAAAUAUGAAAACCAAAGCUCAAGAUGCGCUGAGCAUACGAUGCAAAUCGCGCGAUUUCGCUUUAAAGGCAAUGUUCCGUCAAAAGGACGAAUUCUGUUCUUGGGGUAUUUUAAGUGACUGGGUAAAUGAGAAAAGCGUAUAUCUCACACUGCAGCCGGAUUUUAUAAUAAAUCAAUUAAAAAUGUUUAUGGAUUUCUAUGAACGUGGAUUGGUUUACCGGGACUUAAAACCGGUCUAUUGGUCGCCGUCAUCGAGAACAGCUCUAGCUGAAGCAGAACUGGAGUAUGAUACAAAUUUUGUCAGUCCAUCAUUAUACGUACGAUUUCUACUAUCAAACAAACCAAAAAGUUUGACGUGGACAGAAAAAAGUAAUAUAUAUGCUUUAAUUUGGACCACAACGCCAUGGACACUGCCAAGCAAUCAAGCAAUUUGCUAUAAUUCAACCCUUGAAUACAGUGUUCUUAAAUUGCCUACUUUCGGCAAUGACCUAUAUAUUAUUGCCACAAGUUUAUUGCCAAACUUUGAAGAAACUACGGGCAUUCCGUACAAGCGAGUUCAAAUUUUAGGGGGUACGGAACUAUCUUCAUGUACAUACCAACACCUAUUUUUCGGAGAGCAGAAGAAUUUACCAUUUUUCGCAGCUGAGCAUGUGCAAGAUUCGAAAGGUACAGGUUUUGUGCAUACUGCACCAGCGCAUGGAUUUGAAGAUUUUUUGAUUGGUCUCGAAAAAAAGUUGCCAGUGAAAUGCUACGUUAACGAAGAUGGUGUAUAUUCUUCGGACGCCCCUGGCUUUUUGAAGGGGAAAAGUGUGCUUGGGGAAGCUGAUGAAUUAGUGUUAGAAAAUAUUGCAACAGAGGUGAUAUAUGCAGGCAAGCUUACACAUUCGUAUCCCAUUGAUUGGCGUACUAAAAAACCUGUGAUUAUACGUGCCAGCGAGCAAUGGUUUAUGAAUACUGAAAAACUAAAAGAUCGAGCUAUUGAAGAGAUAAGCAAAAUAAGUGUUUAUCCACGUGUACAAGCAGAUGCGAGUAGAAAAGCGCUGAUGGCACAAUUGCGCAAGCGUCCAUAUUGGUGUAUAUCACGCCAACGCGUUUGGGGCGUGCCGAUACCAGUUUUUUACGAGCGCGGCACGAAACGAAUUUACCUUAAUAACACUUUAAUCGAUCAUAUCUGCGAGCUCAUAGAAAAGGAAGGUAGUAUUGAUUUCUGGUGGUCAAAAAGUGUCGAAGAAAUAUUACCUGCGCACGUUUUGGAUCAAUUCAAUAAAAGUGCUACUGAUUUGGAAAAAAGUGUAGACAUAUUUGAUAUAUGGUUUGAUUCCGGUAGUACAUGGUCAAGUGUGCUCCAAGGGGAAAAAGUUGCUGAUGUCUAUCUUGAAGGAUAUGAUCAGUUUAGCGGCUGGUUUCAGUCAUCGCUUCUGACAAGUAUUGCGGCCAGAAAUCGGGCACCCUACAAGUCAAUCUUUGUGCAUGGUUUCACGGUGGACGAAAAGGGCCACAAAAUGUCGAAAUCCCUUGGCAAUGUAAUAUCGCCAAAUGAUAUCAUUAAGGAAUAUGGUGUCGACGCAUUAAGGUGGUGGGUGGCUUCGCAUGGCGCACAAAAUAUGUCGAUAACCGUAAGUGAUAAGUUGUUGCAGCAAGCGGCGCACAACGUUAGCAAAAUACGUGCUAUUUUACGAUAUUUAAAUGGUGUAAUCGGUGAGAUAUCAGAAGAAAUUCAAAAUGGAAUUGAUAGCAGAAGCAUCCACUUAAACCGUUAUAUUUUAAGCGCUUUGGUGGAAUAUGAAAAUGAGAUACGGCAAUUAUAUGAUGCCUGCGAAUACAAUCGUGUGGUGACCAGCGUGCAAAACUUUACCGCAAAUGAAAUUUCAGCCAUUUAUGUACAUACAAUUAAGGAUCGUCUCUACUGUGGCGACGAGACGGACUUGCGUAAUAUACGUUACACGUUACUUAACUGCUAUAAAAUACUUUGUAGUACUCUGUGGCCCAUUGCACCCUUUAUGGUGGAGGAAAGUUGGCACUAUUAUGACCCUAAAAGUGCGUUUCAUCAACAAAAUUUUAACGCAAGCCCAGCCUGGAAGGAUUCUAAUGCUGAAAAGGCUAUAAAUGCUGCACUCGAGGUUAAACGUUUAAUUAAUCAGCAGGCUGGCAGAACAAAUUCAUUUAAUUUAGCAGUAGAAAUCGAAAUUAACAAAAACAAUAAGCAAAUGCAGCUACUUAUGGCGUUGCAACAAGAAGUGGGAGUUCCUGUGUACAGCUCUGAACUCUGCGAAUUACUGCAAGUUCAAACCGUAACGCUGCAACCAUCCAACAUGGAUGACGCAUGUAAUGUUAAAAUACAAAAGUUAGAAUUAAAUCUAUGUGCGCGCUGUAGACGUUUCGCAGUGGAAAGUACCGAUUGCGUUUGCGCACGCUGCGCGCAAGUUUUGUCUGGUAAAUAAAUCAUGUGUACUGAGUCGCGGAGCUUACGGCGUAAAGACUGUUUCCCGCCACAAAUUAUGUGCGUCUCGUUAUCAUCAAACCUAAUGGUUGUAUCCUCAUUGACCAAAUGCAGCGUUAUUGUAUUGCCAGCGCGUUCCAUUUUAAUAUUUGUAAUGCCGUCUUGCAUUAGACGUUUUUUAAGCAUUUCUACAUCUAAGGUACCAUACUCGUACUUCAUAUUCUUGAGCACAUCCUCUCUGCUUGGGGGAGGCAUUUUACUGCUACUCGGCUUAUCAUCUGUUGUUUCCGUGCAUGGUUGUAUAUUGUGC